CGGCGGACAAAUCAAAAAUUGUAAACAUUGCUGACCGGUCGUUGAGUUUCGUUUGCAUGGAAGUGAAUUCCGUCAAUUCCAAAAUGUCGCUUAAAAUCACCGAAGAAUGGGUAAAAGAACGAAUAAAAAUGGACCAUGAUAAGCUAGAGGAUGUAAGAUCUCUCGCCCUUCCUGGUUCAUAUCAUGAAAAAAUCGCAAGUUUGUCGACUUCCCUGAGUAACUUCUCGAGAUUGCAACAACUUGAUGUAUCAAGGAAUGCUAUCAGUUCACUAGAUGGUCUCUCACAUCUCAAAUAUCUCGAGACAUUAAACCUUUACUACAACCAAAUACCAGAUCUUAAAGAAGUUUUUAAACUCCGUAAAAAUCAAAGUCUUAAAAACGUAGAUCUGCGUUUGAAUCCUGUCACAAAGACGGAGCCAGAUUACAGAUUAUUUGUUGUUCAUAUGUUGCCAUUACUAAGGACUCUGGAUGACCGACCAGUGCGAGAAAGUGAAAGGAAGGCAGCUUUGAUGCAUUUCUCAAAUGAACAGGCAGCAGAAAUGGAAGACAAGGACUCAGCAGCGGAAAACCUUGAAACAAAACCCAGCGCUGAACCACGGAUUUCAACGCAGCCCAGAGCAGAAUACGUAAAGAAUAUGAUCAAGAAACCAACUUUUGUGACUGAGGAUGACACUUGCCUUGAUGUGAUUGAUCUAAUGAACAGGAAUGGGGGGGAUAUAAGAAAUGAAAGAGCGCCAACCGGUGGUGUAUUAUCAGAACCAGAGACAGAAGAUCAUACCCAUGAAGGACUUGUAAAAUUAACAGAAAAAGACGAUCUCAGGAGUAGGAGACAACGGAUCAAAUCACAUGAAGAAAUGAACGGUUUCCUGAGUGAAAAUGAUAUGAACGGGAUAGAAAGAAGAGGAGAGAUGAACUACAAACCUAGGCUGCUGUCUGGUUCCAGUUCAUCGCUUUCCAGUAAGAAAUCUGCUCCGAUACGCAUGGAUGAAUACAGAUAUACACCAGAUGAUGAAGCAUACACCAAGUUUAGGAGUGUUGCAAACUUCACUAGACAUCCAGGCACAGAUGCCCCACCCCCUACUGUUGGUCCAAGAGUUUCAGAAUCUAGUCUGAAGUCGGGGGAGUAGCGAUCGGAUAUCAAGUGCAACACCAGACAGUCUGGGGGAUGAAUACACAAGUUUACCAACAGUAAAAAGACUAAGUUUCGGGGAAACAAACCCAAGCAAACAAGCAGAAUCAACACAUUUACCAAGGAGUUCUGUCCAAGCUAAAUUCCUGGAAGAAUUCUUAGAUCUUGUUGAUAAGUAUUGGAACGGAUCUAGGUCAUUGCACUACCAUAAGAAAUUUAAAUCACUUAUAGAGAAGCCUCUGGCAAGGUAUGAGGAAGGACUGACAUCAACAAAAGACAUUCAAUUUCGAGCCCUGCAGGAUAAAAUCGCAACCUUGACAACAGAAAAUAGAAUCUCCAUACUAAGUUGCAUUCGGCAUCGAA